GAGUUGUAUGGCUUUUACUGAUCAACAGACACCAGCUGAAACUCAACCGAUUUGCCACGAAUUGAAACCUCUCGGCCCGAAUGCGCCGUAGAGUCGGACGAAGUCCAACUUAGUAGCAAAGAAUUGGGAAAAUAUAAACGUAAAAGAGCCUGCACGUGAGAAAUUCAACAUGCCAGCGUCAAUCGCUGCGAAAACGAACUUUUGGGAAACCUGCACCGUAGUUGGAUUAUAAUUUGAGAACUCAAGUAGCAGAAUAUUUUUCCCCAAACGAUGCCCGCAGUUCUAAAAUGUGAGUGCAACGUUUGCGAGGAGAGUCAAAACAAUACAUGCAUCACAGACGGACUUUGCUACACUGAAAUCCACGGAAAAAAUGGGGAAAUUUCCUACACAUACGGUUGCCUCAACCGACAGCAGUUCUUACCUCCUGAAGACAUCCCUUUUGUGUGCCGAGACCAGAAGUAUGGGGUGCAGUGUUGUUUCCACGAUUACUGCAACAGGGAUCUACUACCGGCAUUGCCAACAGAGAACGAGAAGUACGAAGUGACGCUGGGCGGCUACGAGACGAGCCUAAUCGCCUUCUCGUGCGUCGUCGUGCUGAUGCUGGUCUUCAUCUUCUUCUUUUGCAUCCGCUACCAGAAGGAGAAACUGCGGCGGAAUUGCCGAUCCGACAUCGAGGCCAACCACGAAAACAGAAUACCUCUCAUGGACACCAGGAUCUCGGAGCUGAGGAACUGCACCACCUCGGGAUCAGGAUCCGGUGUCCCGCUCCUCGUCCAGCGCAGUAUAGCUCGCAAAGUCACCUUGGUUGAAUGCGUCGGCAAAGGCAGGUAUGGUGAGGUGUGGAAGGGUUCGUACUACUGCGACUUCUGCGCUGUCAAGAUCUUCUCUACGAGGGACGACAAAUCGUGGGAGAGGGAGGUGGAAGUAUACGAAACGGUCAUGCUGCGUCACGAGAACAUACUUGGUUUCAUCGCAGCCGACCGGAAAGAUAACGGCACAUGGACGCAGCUGUGGUUGGUGACAGACUAUCAUCCCAAUGGUUCCUUAUUCGAUUACCUCAGUAAAACAACAGUAGAUGUUGCCACCAUGUACACAAUGGCUUUAUCCAUAGCGAAUGGUCUUGCUCAUUUACACUUGGAAAUCCUUGGAACCCAAGGUAAGCCAGCCAUCGCACACCGAGACCUUAAAAGCAAGAACAUUCUGGUCAAGCGCGACGGCACGUGCGCCAUUGCCGACCUGGGCAUGGCGGUGCGCUAUGAUUCCUCCACCUGCACUGUGGACAUCGCCCCCAACCCGAGGGUGGGCACGGUGAGGUAUCUGGCGCCUGAAGUGCUGGACAACACCAUUAACCUCAACCAGUUCGAUUCCUUCAAAAGAGUAGAUAUAUAUGCCUAUGGUCUAGUCCUGUGGGAAAUAGCUAGGAGGUGCAAUGUGGAUGGAAUUUACGAAGAAUACCAACUUCCCUACUAUGACAUGGUUCCUUCAGAUCCUAGCGUCGAAGAGAUGCGAAAAGUCAUUUGCGAUGCAAAAUUGAGACCACCAUGCCCAAACAGGUGGCAGUCGCAAGAGAGCCUACGAGUAAUGUCUAAAAUAAUGAAAGAGUGCUGGUACCAGAACGCUGCCGCUCGUCUAACGGCGCUUCGCAUCAAAAAGACAUUAGCGGCACUCGGAGUACAAAAGGACAUGAAGAUCUGACCAUGAGCUCUCCAGCUCUAGGAAAACUCAUCAUUGCAGUCAAGUUUUCGGCAGCACCCGAAGAGCAUUUCACUGAAUUUAAAUGACUCCAUUUAUUUUUUUUUUUUUUUUGCUACCUUAGCGGGGCUUGCUCCGACGGACGAAUCGGUAAUACUUACUGAUCCGAUAAAAGCUGUUUUUUUUAUUGCAUUUCUUUAUUACCGACAAGGAUGGUCAGCGAUGCCAGGGGGGUGAACUUUUCCCAAAUGGAAUUGCAGCUAAUUAAUGUAUUGAAGUGGCGUUUUAGUGUUCACAUUUUUUUUUCGGUUCCAAUCGAAGAAACUGAUCUUCAAAAAUUUGCGUUGUGCUUCAACUAGUGGACACUGCGAUAAAAGUGUGUUGCAUCUUCCCCAUCUGCGGACAUUUUUUUCAUGUAUAAAGAAUCCAUCUCGCAUUUUCACAAUGAGUAAAACAAAAAAUAAUCAUUGUGAAAUAAUGGUGCUAUUCUGUGAUUGAGUAGAAAAACUUAAUUAAGUGAACAAUUACGUAUAGGAAAGUCUCUCGCGAUUGCAGAUUCUGUCUGGUGUUCUUAUACUGUGUGUACCUAUUCUUAUAGUUGUUAAGCCACUCGCGAAAUUGAUUAGUACUCUUUCCAAUAUCGAUAGGGAAAAAAAAUUUAUCAGUUAGAUUUUUAACUAUUAACGUCAUCCAGCUUUUUCAACCGUAAGAUUAAAAUUCUUAUUUUCUAAAAAAAAAAACAACAAACAAAUGUGUUUUUAUAAAACUUUUUAACAUGUGGUGCUCUUUCUUCGAGUCUGAUAAACUUUUUAUCUUCUUAACAUUUCUUCCCUUAGAAAAUGUUUGAAAUUCAUGAUUAGAAUUUUCGAAGGUUAAUUAGUUUAAAGAAAAUAAAAAAGGAAAAUUCUAAACAUUAUAUCCUGAAGUUUAGUUUUUUUAAUGAAAAUUAUGUUUUAUAAGUGCGUACAAAUGUACAUGGUAUCAGAUAAUGUUAAAAAAAUCAUCUCUUUUUAUCAUUUUGGAUGAUCAUUACACAAAUCAUUGACUUUCCUCUGGAAUUUGCCCUGUAAAUAGAAUCACCUCCAGCAUCAGUUGUCGGCCGUUCCAUUAAUUUUUUUUUCUUGUGAAAAAAAAAUACGAAGUCAUCCAUGUGUAUCAUUUUGUCAAAUGUUUGUUUUGUUCUGUAUUGAUAUUAUGUAUGUAUGUAUAUAACUUAAAUAAUUUGCCUGCUCUUUGUUAUUAAAAAAAAACUUGCCAAAGAUAUUAAUUUCUGUGAUGUAUAUUGAAAUCUUUUCGUACAGUCAACAAAUGAAAUUUGAAUGCUGAUCUAUCAAAUUUUUUUAUAUUCUGUUAGUUAAUUCCAUGUUUUAAUAAUAAAAUUUCUUUUAAUUAUACUAAAACGGAUCUUUGAAUUUGGCUGGAAAGUCAUGAAUGGGAAGAUUGGAACAAAAAAUGCUUCGAAUUCAUGCUGGUCGCCUAUCGGAUUGGGUACAUGCAUGGUUUAAUGAUAAGACUUUACUUCACGCUAUUAUAAUCGUAAGAUUUUUAGAGUCUCUGUUCGAUAAUAGGACCUAAUGCAAUCGGGACUUACACCCUCAGUAAGAUGAAUACCAUGCAUCAACAUAACUUUUCAUCUACAGUCUAGCUGUAGGAGAGUUGUUUUCUAUAGGAAGACUUAAAUGUGAAUUAUUUAUCAAGGGAUAUUUUGAAAUGGAAUUGAAUUUAUAUUUCCAUGCCAAAUGCAUUUUUUUUUCUCUAUCUUCAAUGAUUUUUAUUUGCUUGGAAAAUUUUAUUUCCAUGCGUUCCCUAAAUUUUCUUAAAAUAAGUCAAGUUUUCAUUUUUUCUCUCCCAAUUCCUUUUCCCUCCUAUAUUCGAUAUAUUUUUUUUAUUUGAAAACUAAAAUGCAUCUGUAAAUAAAUCUUUAAAAUAUCAAUUUCUCUGAACUAUUCAGCUUUUAUAAAAAAUGAUUCAGAAAUAUUGUUGACUGUUGUAAUAAUUAUGGAACCAUUCUUAUUAUAUCUAUAAUACUUAGUGUGGGUAUAUCAAUAUAUGCUUGUUAUUCGUGAAUAUGCAAAAGACCUUGUAUGUACCUUAAAGUAUAAAUGAAUAAUAUCUUGUUGCUUUUUAUAUGAAUUUUAAAUUAGAAACUAUAAAACAGUGUUGAUUAUGUGCUUUUAUUAUAAUAAUAAUAAUAAUUUUUACUUCCCUCAUGGGUAUAAAAAUGCAGCAUAGUUGUCUUUGCAUCGCAUAUGUACAAUAUACGCUUUCCAGUCUAUGUCCAUUUCAUUUGUUGCAAAAGAUUAUCUUCUUGACUAGUCAUCAUCAUUCGGAAUUUACAACAGGUGGCCAUUUAAUCUUUAAUAGCUUUCCAAAUCUGUUAUGGAAAUUUCACUAUAAUAAUUCUCUUAUGAGUUUUUUCUCGAAACUCUAAAUAGUAAUCAUAUGGAUAACUUCAAAAAUGAAAUUAGAUUUGGAAAGUUCAGAUUUUGAAUUCUCUUUUUGUAUAGAAUGUUGUAAGCAUCCGACACAAGAAAUGUUAGGCCUCUUUAGAUUUAAAAAUCAGAAUUAGAUUUCACAGUCAAAAAUGUGGUAUGUUUAAUCUCAGUGAUGUUGAAAAUACUAAUUUCUAUAAAGUUCCUAAUGACCCAGUAAUGAUUUUCAAUGUUUUGCAAUUGUUAACGUCUGAUGUGACUACAAUAGUUAAAUAGCUUUAAAAGAAUUGCAAUGUAAUGGAAUGUUAAUCAAAUACAUUGAAUAAAGAAUGUUAAGUAUUUAUUAUUUUUUGGAAUGGAAUCCUUAUAUUUGAUAUUCAGAAAAAAAAAAUUCUUAAGAAUAUCCCUUCAUAUCAUUAAGAACAAUUAUUCGUAAACAAAGUUUACGAAUGACUGCUUGUAAAAGAUUUUUAGCUCAAAUAUGAGUUUAAUUCAGAAAUUUCGGAAAUAUAAUAAAAGGAUAGCGAAAAUAUUGAUUGAUUCAUAUGUAUAAAGUAAAUAUAUAUAUAUAUAUAUAUAAUAAAAAGUUAUAUCAUAAAUCGAUGAAGUACAUGUGUAUAAAAUGCAACAAAUAUAUAAAUUUAAAAUGUAAUUAUUUAGAAGGAAAAAAGUUUCAUUUGUAAUAAAUAUUUUAUUAAUAACGAAAUUAUUCAAAUGAAAUGUUAAAAAUUUGGUGGUGUUAAAUACGAAUAAAAGUAGAUGAUAAUAAAGGAGAGCAUUUGUUACUGAUACAAUCUGUUUUUGCUGAAAAAUUUGUUUAUGUUUUGCAUAUAUAAGGUUUUUGAUUGUUCUUGUUAACAAAAUGAGAAUUGUCACAUUCUUCUAUCAACCAUCUAAAUGUUCCAAUCUUUGAAUUACAUUUUAAGUAGAAAUUUUUCUUACUUAGUAAUAGUGAAGAAUUUGAACUUUUCAACGUAAUAUGAUCCGGAAUUUAAGAAGCUCUGAUGCUAAUCCUUAAAUCAACGAUGCUUUGGAUUUGAAUGCAAUAUCUCUCCGAUUUUUCUCUAAACAGGCCUCGUUAGAAAGUACAUGUAAAAAAAACAUAGCAUAUUUCACAAUUUUUAAAUUGUUAUUUGCAAAUAAAAUGAAAUCAAAGAACUGGAAUUUAGUUUAGUUUGAAUCCUUUUCGUGGAAAAUAUCACUUUUUUUAAAGAAAAAGAGCGUCUUAUAUAUGUUACAGUAAAUGUAAUAAAAUGGUGACUAUGUAUAAUUACCGGUGAUUGUUUGUAAUCAUCUCUAAGUUUAAUAGUGAUUAAUAAAUAAUCACCGAUCAUUAUACCUAACCACUGGCUUAAUCACAUUUUCCGUUGCGUAUACAAAGAACUGGUUAACGACUUUUUAAAAAAUUCUCAACUUGAAACAAAUUAACGAUCUUUUAAUCUCGAAACGAUUCGGCCUCAUCCCAGUAUGUGAAAGGGCUGAUUGAAAUGUGAUAACUACAUUGAAUUAAAUUUCGAAAUGCUUAUUUUCUUAAAUAUUUACGGCUGAUGUGAUUAUUGCGAUAUGGAUUGUGAUAAUUGUAUUAACACGAGGCUACCCGCGGUGUUUGUGAUGAUGUUAAGUAGUUUAUUAGUAUAAUGUAUCGAAAAAUUAUUUUUUCCACUCUCGAUAUGAUGUUCUAUUUUAAAUAAUAUUACGCAUUCUAUGCUACUUUUAAUUUCACCAGUUACAUUGGAACCAACUCUUACCUUUCAAUUGCGAGAAUCCGAUGUGUUGUUCGAAGGAAAUAUAAAGCGCACAAAAUACAUCCUACUUCUAUGCUGUACUGUGUAUUAUAGCAUGGGUUAAAACUUACAGAACCUUUCUUCUUUAAAUUAAAUAAAAGCAAGGUUUGUUUAGUAGCAAAAUUUUUAGAUUUAGACUCUAAAAUUUCUUUUACCGUUUGCAAGAUUUUUAUUCUCAGAAAUAAAACAAUACAUCCCAUUUUCUUACAGUUUAGCUAAAUCCUCGUUCUAUUUUUGAACAAACAAAAAUUACAUUAAUUUGUUUCUUAAGAAAAUAACUGUUGUUACAGGGCUUCUUAAAGUUUUUUUUCCUUACACUCAUAAGCGUUUUCCUAGAAGGAAAGCAUUUCAUACCUCUUUGAAAUGCUUUCAAGUUUUUCAGCCCCAAAAACAGAAGAUGAAUGAAAUGAUAUAGUAAUUAUUAAUUGAUAAAGAAGGAUUGUUCGUUUUUUGAAAUAAUUGUUUGAAAAUUUUAAGGAAAUAAUGGAAAUAAGGUUCAGUUUUUCAAAAAUAAUUGCUUACAAAUGCUAAAAGAAACUACAUUUAAUCUAAAAGAAACUACAUUUUAAGAAGCCCUGUCUUUAUAACUUUAAAAACAGUGGUUCUCAAUUGUUCACACCUGUAUCCUGUGGCUUAGCUAAAAAGAAAAUAAUCGCCACUAUUUGAAUUGGACUCGAAAAUUCAAUGUUAACUGUUACACAAGGGAAAAAAAAGAAUAGCAAUAGUUUUCUGAGUUGGCAGUGAAAACAUCUUGUUUGUGUCUAGCUCCACUGUUAAGGCAGACUGAUUAGGUGAAAUUGAUAAGACAUGAAAACUACAAAUGGUUUCGCGUAAAUUAAUUUUUUUAAUGUAUUAUUAUGCUAUUGAUAUAUUCCUGAAAGCUAUAAGAUGAAACACCUUUCAGACUUUUAAUUUUUAUCUUGCCACAUUUCUUAUUGUGUGGAAUGAUUUUUUUUCCUUAUUUAAUAUUUUUUAAUUGUUUUCUACCUGCCUAAAAUAAUUAUAAUUUUUUUCCUUUGGCAACCUGUAAAUUAAGCCAAUCAUUAAGUGUUGAGAAUCACUGGUUUACUUCUGGAUCAUUAAUUUAAUUCUUUAUAUUUUGAUAUAAUGUGUAUUUAUGCUAUUUUCUUCAAAGAAAUUGUUUGAAAGUUAAAGUUACUUUAUGCUAUUUGUGUUACAUCAAAUAAUAUAUUUCUUUUUGUGGAAAAAUAUGCCUUUUUUUAAAAAUUAUUAUAAAUCAUUACUAUUGUUCGCUAUUUUGUAUUGGAAUAUUAUUACAAGGCGAUGUGCAAUGAGUUGUUAUUGUACUGGGUCCAUGUUUUUCUUUUUUUUUUAAAUUCAAAUUACUUUUUUUUGUUUCAUUCUAUUGCUAUUAGCUCUUGUUAAAUGGAAUCAUUGAAAUAUGUUACUUGUUACCUGAUGAGAUGAUUUUUUUUUUAGGAUAUAGGUUGUGGAUUAUUUCUUGUUUGUAUAAAAGAAUUAGUAUGAAAAUUGUAUAUGAUAAUUUCUAUGAAUGUUUUUUUAUCCGCUUUGCAUGAUUGCCCUAAAAAACCAUGAUAAUAUUUCAUUAGAAAUAUCAUUAAGAUUUUAAAUAUUCGUGAGUUUUUUCAACUUCAUGUUAUUUAAUUGCUUCAUAAUAAAAGCUAGCACUAUGUUGUAUACCGAAAGAAAAAGCAAAGAUUGCAGGUAUAGAUAUUUUUGUAAUGUAAUUUUCCUUAAAACCUACAUCAUAAAUUUUGGCUCGAGAAAUCCCUUUUCAGUUACUGCCCUCGCCACGAAAUGUGCACAAGUGUCCGGUUAAUGUAAUUAUACGCCACAAAUUUGGCGGUGAUUUCAAGCUUCACAACUUGAGAUUACUGAGGUUGAUGCUAUAACAGUGCCUGUCGCAAAUGAAGUGCUUUCAGUGCUUUCUCUCAUGUUAUACCUCCCCUUAAGUGGUUUCAAAUUAAGAAUUUUGACAUUGUUACAUUGACUCUUUCAUGAAUACCUCAUAUUAAAGACUUAGUUGUGAAGUACAAAACCAUGAAAAAAGUACAAAUAAUUAUUGUUUUCUUUCUUAAAGCAUUCUUAUUUGUUUUCUAAGAUGACAUUAAUAAAAUUUAGAUUCAUUUUCAAUGGCAAUCUCGAAUCCCUCCAUUGCCAGGGUGCACCAAUUCAUCCUAGUGCCAAGAAAUAAGAUGCUCUCUCUUAUGAGAGGACUUGGCGGAAUGGGUACACUGAAUUCUAUAUUUUUCUCCAUUUAAUCUCCGAACUGUAUUGGAUUUCUCUUCUCUCCUUUUCCCAUUAUAUUUGGUAUAUACAAGUGCCAUAAAAAAAUCUAAAUAGUUUAACUUGAUGGAAAUAUGUAUCUGCAGCUGAACUUAUAAAUGUGGCUCUUAGUAGCUUAAACAAUGGUGUAAAUAAUGGUAAUGUGUGUGAUGUAUAAUAUUGCUUCGAUUCAUUAAAACUUUGAGUAAGGAUUUUCUUAUUUUUUUCCAUAAUCAUAAUUAUUUUUUUUAAUUCAGAUAGUUUUCGAACUUUUCUUUUAAUUUUAUUCAUAAUAUCAUUUUAUUUUGGCAAAAGUCAGAUUAAGAUUUCGGUACUUUUCCGUUAACUCGGUAGCUAUUAUUGCCCAGCAAAAAAGGUGAGACUAAAAAUUUUCCCACAAUUAUUGGAGUUGUCAAAAUUGGGCUUGAAUCCGAAAUGUAUAGCAACCAUGUAUUACACAAAACUACACUUUACUUGCAUAACUUUGAAGAAAUUGACAAAUGUAGAAUUAACAGAAAAGUGCCGGGUUUAAGAAUUUUUAUAUCAGUGCUGUUGGCAUUUUCAGUUUCGUUAUAAAAUUUCAGUUGGUCUUUUUUCCCCAGUGUUGAUUUUGAUUGAUGGUGCUGUAUGUUGUAUGAAGCCCAGUGUAAAUCUGCCCUUGUAUGUAAUAUAGACUUUAUCUCCAAACAUUAAAUGAGCACUACACGUACAAAUUUGUAAUUAUAAGACGAUUAGUAGUUUGAUAGUCGAUUACAGGUAUCAGAGUUUGUCGAAAAACACUCGAUAUUCCCUGUCAGAAAAAAUACUUCUAUUAAUCGUUUAUUAAAUAAUAGUAAUAAAUAUUUCUUUCUUGGAUAAUAAUCGCUUCUUUAUUCUAUUCUUUUAUUUAGGAGAAAAUUUAUAUCUCCUUUUAAGUUAUUUAAAUAAUUGUGAUAAUUAAAAUACUAAAUACAUAUUGUAUUCACAUGAUAUAUAUGAAAUGAUUGAAUUAUGUCUCGUAUUUUUCUUAUACUUCCUGAUUCAAAAAUUUCUCAAGAACAUUAUUUCUUUGGGGUUUUAAAAAUGCAUCAAAGCAUACUUAAACUUUUACCUGCAUAAGUAAGCUCGAGUCAUUAAUAUUUUUAAUAAACAGAUCAUUUUUUUCAUUUGAUAUAUAAAAUUCGUACUCCUCCAAAAAUAAUAGUUUUCGAGCUUAUUUAAGCUUAAUGUAAGAUAACAUCCCAGAUCAGUUAUUGAUUAGAAAUCACUUUCAGCGAGUUUUUAAUACCUAUGCAAUAUUUUUACGAAUUUCUUACUUCCAUAGAGUUAUUUGGCUGCAGGCGUUUUGAUUUUAAUUCGUAUUCAGUUGGAAAUUAAUUUAAAACUUACGCCAAUGUGUCCUAUUAUAAUUGUUGAAAUAUUUGUAAGUUAAAAUAUCAUUAUUUAGUUCGAAAAUUUAUAAUGCACUCAUAAGCUCGGAAAAUUACUACCUUAAUACAAGCUUAUUGUUAAUUUUUACUCCAGCUGAAUGUUAAAAGAAAUUUUAUAAAUUUUUUCUAGACAUAUAUUGUAAACUAGUACUAAAUAAUUUACUAUUUUGAAGUGAAUAUAAUUAUAGUUAAGAUUAUUUUUUGUAUAAAUAUAAUUGGGGUAAAUCUGUUAUAUUUUUUUAUUUUCACGCUAACUUAAAAUUCGCGGAAGAUGCAAUAUUAUGGUUAAAAAAAAUCUUUAAUUUCUUUUAUUUAACAUUUAAACUUACUGUUUUAGCAUUCUUGGACAAAGGAUGUAGGGCUUACAUAAUUUCGCUCGAUAUCGGGAAUCUUGUUGUCGACUCUUCUAAUUUUAAGUUAAAUUGAGAUGACUGAUUUGGGACGAAAGGGAGGGGGGGGGGAUAAUGUAUUGCAGCGAAGGAUAUUUCUUGGUUCUUUAGAAUUUAAGAUGAUGAAAAAACUGGAAGUAGCUAUACAACUGUCAGGAUGUAAUUAUUUGAAUAUAAACUUUAUUGUCCACUAGUGGUUCUGAUUUAAGUUAAAUUGAAAUGAUUGAUUUGGGACGAAAGGGAGGGGGGGGGAUAAUGGAAGGAGGAAAAUCUUAUUCCAAUGUCAAAAAGAUUUUUGAGCAAAGCCGGUUUUACCGUCAGGUGAAUAGGGACGGUCGUCUAAAAGCACUACAACAAGGGGACACUAGUCCAUCAAAAAAAUGGGUCGUUAGUUCGUCAUACUUCAAGCCCUCAUGAAAAUGUAAGGAAAUGGAAAUUUAGUUUUAAUUUUUUAUGCAAUUAAAAUAAUAUUUCGAUAAUUGAAAAUUAUAUAAUAUUUUUUAUAUAAUUUCUUGGGCACGUGAAUGUGUAAGUAUAUGCUAGCAAAAAAUACAUCUUUUUUUUUCUUUCUUUCUUUUUUCCCUAUGAUGCAUGUAUCCUUAUAUUGGUCAUGUUUUUUGAGAUUGUGUUUAGGAGAAACGAAGUGUUAGGACGAGAUACAUUUAGUUAUUAUUUUAUUUGAAAGGAGAGGGAAAAAAAAAGCUAAAAUUUGUGUAGUCAUAUCAACUCUGAUACCUGUAAAUAUCUGCUUUGUGUAUUGCAGAAGGAAAGGAGAUUUUAUAUUUCUAUUCUUCGAUAUCUUUGUGUACAAAUACGUGACCUCUGUGGCAGGUGAAUAUAUCUUGGUUAUUGUUGACAAGCACCUAGCGAGCUUGGAAAUUAAGCCACCCACGAUGGCAAGCGUGCACAGUUUUUCGAAGGCUUGUUUUUAUUUUCCUUUAAAGGUAUCUUACAUGAAUAACUGCCAUUUUUCCAAGUACGUUAUCAAUCGUAUCUUACUAGCCAUUUUAAUUGAAGCUAUUUAUUUCAGAUUUUUUUAAAACAGAAGUAUGCAGAACACUGCCAUGCCAUACAUUCAUCUCAAGUUUUUAACAUUGAUAUCAGAAACUUUAGCAAAGUACAUAGUGACGCAUUUUUUUUCUUUAAUUUCUUAUUUUAACAAUAGCGUAGAAUAAAUGUGACAUUUUUUUAAUUAAAUACUUCUUCAAAUACCUGCAAUCUUUGGAAAAAAGGCUAAGUUGGUAUAAAAGAUGUAUCUAUCAAGAAAAUAUAUCAAAAUGCUAUUCGAUGAUGUUUGACCAUUAUUUGGUAAACGUGGUUCAGAUGUAACAUACUCCUGUUUGGCGAUUUGAUUUUGCUUGGCGAUAAGAUAAUGAUACUAAGAUCGUGUUAAAUGUAACCCAAGAUAAGAAACUAGUCAAGAAAUAUCGUCAAUCUAAAAGGAUUGCAAUGCAGUCUUUCUAAUAUUUUUUUUCUUGGUGAUAUAAAGAAAUUCUGUAGGAAAAGAAAAUCAUACUGCAUCUGCAUCUGUAAUUUUUUGCUUGGCGACCAAAAAGGUGUUAAAACCUUAUUGAAAACUAUGAAACUGAAGUUUCGAAAGAAGCCAAAGGAAAAGGAAUUGUAUUACAUCUGUACUUUAAAAGAUAUGGAUGUCGAUUAGCUAACCUCUUAUAAAGUAUAAUUUGGUACAGUUCUAGGGACGGGUACCAUUUGGCGAUUUACCGCCAAAUUUUUCUCGCCAAGCCCCGCGGACGCUGUCAUCUCCAGAAUUGUAUUUCUCAAUAUUAUGACUAUUUAUCUUUAAAAUUUGGCGGUACCUGUCCCUAGGAUGUAGCGUAUAAUUUUUAGAUUCACAGCUUUUUCUUUCGGUAUCGAAGCUUGUAGAAAAAAAAAAAUUUCACUUUUUUGUUCCACGUUGAAGUUGAAAGUGCAUAAAAACUUCGCAGCCGAAUUAUUGCCCGCUUCUGAAGUGUGAAUAUGUAAAGUUUCUUUUUUAUACAUAUACAUGUUUGUGAACAUCGUUCUAUGUACAUUUGCUUGUCAUCAGUGUUGCGUUGUGAAAUAUCAUCGAACUAAAAGAAGGCAUGAAAGCAGUGGUUUCCAAAUAUAUUUGGGUAUUCGCAAAGUAACGAGAUCUUGCUCAAUUCACUUGUUUUAUUUUCAUUUCUCUGACAUUGUAAAAACUGCCAGUUGUUUGGAUGGUGAACCCACAUGUUAAAUCGCACUUCUAAUUUAUAAGAAAGAUAAUGAGUUUACAAACCUCAUAGAUUUCUUUUUAUUGAUUUUAUACUUCUCUAUUUUAUUUCCAAGCCCCGCCUACUUUGAGGGUAUAAAUGGCGAAAGUGACAAAGUUCAGUGUAAUAAUAAAUAAAAUAUGCAUGAAUAAUAUAACAUUCCACCCGACAUAGCGGCAAUGAAAAUGACAUUUGCACUAUUUAUUUUCAUUAUUAUGCGCUCUAAUCUGCUUUUUAAUAUUCAAAUGUUGAAAGAGAAUAUUUCCUCAAAAUGCCAGAAAUGAAAAAUAAAUUUCGGUUUGCAAGAUAUUGGGCAAAUGUAAAUAUAAUACUGUUGUCCAUUUUUGUGAUAAAAAAAUUGAUGGUUUUCUGUUUAUUUUUCGAUCUUGUACAGGGAUAAAAUUGAUUUUUUUUUCUUUCUUUUUUACCAUCUUUCGAAAAAUUUUUUACCGACAUCGGUGAAAAUCCAUAUUAUAAUUUUAUUCUGCAUUUCUUUGAGAAAACAACUUUUAAUAAUGAAAUAUACCUAAUUUUCCUACAAUUAUAUUAAUCAUAUUUUCUCAUUGAAGUUCUGUUUAAUUUUCUUUCAUUGUACAAACAAGUUUUGACUUCUCUUUGAUUAUAUAAAUGUGGGAUUAACUUUUCAAUUCAUUUUUUUAUCCUUUAUAACAAAAUAUUUCGAAUGGUCGAAUGAUUCUUUGCGAUAUCGUUAACAACAUGGAACUAAGUCAUUAAGAAUUCUCGUUACUUCUUUUGCUCGAAUUUGGAAUCCACUGCUUUUGUAAGAAAACUUAUCGGUCUAGAAAAUGAAAUUUGGCGUAGUUUCCAAUAAAUUUGGCUUGUAUAAUUUGAAUUGCAUCAGUUUUGCUGCCAAAUCGAUGGCCCAUUUUUGCUUCAUGAAACAUUUUUAAUAAAAUGAAUGUUG